AUGGAGGGAGAACUGGAGGAAUCAGAUGAGGAUGUUCAGGGAGAGGACAAGCCCACUGUGAUCUGGGAGAAGUGCAUUCAGCAGAGCAUCUUUGUUGACCUAAGUGAGGAUGAAAGUCUCCACUUGAGUGAUCUGGAGAGUUCUUUAGCUUUACAUCUGUCUCAGACAGAGUCUGCUGCCUCAGAGGUCAGCAUCCAUCUCAGUGGUAGUGCAGAGUUGUCAGCCUUGGAUGUUACCUCCUCAGAGUCCAGUGUUGUCAGCGAUCAGAGUGAGAGGGUAGUAGAGAGCAAGAGCAGCAUAUUGCACGUGUCUGCCCAAAGACCAAACACCAUGCAAGAUCAGCCUCCCUUAAACCAGGGUUGUGACGACCCGGGGCAAAAUACUAGUGACGAAGAUCAGGAUGACCUACCUUAUGAUGGUGACCUUGGAAGACGCUACUUCAACCAGACAGCUAUCUCUGAGGGCAACAUGAGCUCCGAUGGAAGAGAAACUGUUCAUGCAAGUCCUGAUGUUCCGGGUUUGCUUGAAUGUAAUAUAAGAGAUAGAGAUGAUGUUAUUGAUCGCUUGGAUUCUGUUGAGCACAAUUCUGAGGAACCAACAACUGCGGCUCCAGAGGAUGCCAACACCAAAAAGGACAUUUUUUUUGAUGCCUCCAAGCCAAGUGAGGUUUCCCCAUCAUGCCACUGUCCUGCAGACAUUAACCAGUUGUUGCUGCGACAUUUCUCCCAGGAUGAGUUGCUGCGGUCAGGUAGGCUGAUUGAGGCAGAGACCUUGCCGGAGGUGUCCCUGCUGGAGAGCAUGGAUGACACCGUUUUUAGCUGGGCUCCAACACACAACAGCACAGCAAUCAAUAAUAGCCACUCGGAGAGUGCUGCGUGUCAUUCUGAGAUUCAUUCUGAGAGUUUCUGCUCUGGCAGGGCUGAAGAAAACAGUAGAAGUGCAUCGAAAAAUUCAAGUUUAGAGGAAGAAGUAGAAAGGAAAAUUGAUAAUGUAACCUCUGCUGCUAAAGACAGCGUUACGUCCAGCUCUGCAAGCACUGACUCAAAGCAGGACAGUGGGGAUACAAGUGCCCUAGAUGAAGUACAGCAGGAAAAGACAGAAGAGGGUGAUGAGGGUCCGAGAGUCGCCCUUGUGCGCACCAGAUCCUUCAGUGAGAUGAAGUAUGGCCAGGGCCAAGUCCAUUACCCGCUCCCUGAUUUUUCCAAGGUUGCCCCCAAAGUAAAAAUCCCCAAAGCUCCAAGUGGACCAGCCAGACCUGUUCCUCAGAGCCCCAGCACCAUCCACAGAGCCCAGUCCUCUCCAGGGAUGUUAGAGGUGAUCAGCAGAGUCCUGGAGGAUUCAGUCCAGCCGUCAGAGAAGCCCUAUGUCUUCAAAGACGAAAACAAAGAGACUCCUCCAGCACUGGUGCAUCACCUGCAGGCUGAAUAUGAUAAAUUACUAACCAGAUAUGCUGAGGCAGAGAACCUUAUAGAUCAAAUGAGACUAGGAACCAAUACUCAGCUCUCUUCAGAACCAAUGCUUUAUUUCGAGUGUGAUGAUGAUAAUCAGGGAAACUUAGCUGGAGUGGAGGGAAGCCAUCUUGGAUCCUUGGCUCCUCACUUUCCCCCAUCAGAAAACUUUGGUGUAAAAGAAGCAACAACCCCCAAGAGCAACAUUAAAGAGGUGAACACAGCUUCUCCCAGCCAGCCUGAGGAGGGUCCCAGUGAUGGGGAAAGAAUGACUGCUGAGCUGACAGACAUCAUCCGCCAGUUCAUGCAGAAAGUGGAAGAAUUCAAAUUGAGCGUAAGCAACAUGUCAGUGAGCACAGCAGAACAGCAGAUGAUACUGAGGAGCAUUAUGGAGGCUCAGGACCAGCUGGAAAGAAAAUACAUCAGUAAGAAGGAAGAGCACAGAGCUCUGGAGAUGCAGAACUACAUGGGCCUGUCCAGGAACACUGGCACCUUUGACCCAAACAGGCAGGUGGAGGGAGACAUAUUCAGGAUAGGGAUGCACCUUGAGGACAUAAAGGAGAUGAUAGACAAAAACGUGUGUGAGCAGAUUUCUCCUCCCCAGUCAACCUCCACUCCUACGCCCAUGAAAGAGAUGCUGCAUGUGAGCCCCAGUCCUUUCUGCUUGGCCACACCCUCACCUCCACCAUCCCUGCAUGAGGGACCAAGUGCAGGUUUUUCCACUGUGGGUUAUAAUAUAGAGACACAGAAAGAGGGAAAAAAAGAAGAGGAAGAGGCCAGUGAGGCCCAUGCAGAUGACGGAUUACAGUGCGGUGUGGGGUUAGGUUCCACUGAGUGUUUGAGUCUCAUGUGUGCAGGGUUUUUUUUUUCUCUGUUCUGUUUCAGGAGCUCACAGGGCUCUCUGGGCGGACUGGACAUCCAGACAGCUGAGACUGAAGAGGAGAGGAGCUCUGUCUUGUCAGAGGCGAUAGAUCACAGUAACAUCUUAGCAUACUUGAGUGGAACGACCUCAUCCUCAAGACAGAGAGAGUGGACGCCCGACAGUUGUAGCUCCCUGUACAGUGUCCUGAACCCAGUGGGUGAAUGUGAUCUGGGUGAUUGUGUGAGUCUGGCUGUGGAGGUCUCUGCUUCCUCUGAUGCACCCAGAGUCUCAAGCACCCACAGCCUCUCAGAGCCGCCUCUCAACACCUCUUCUGUAUCACAGAGGAUUGUGAGCCCAGAGACAGAUAGUGGAUUUGGGAGCUCUUACUUGAAUCAAUCAGCUUCUGGAUCAUUUCAACCAAAUCUGCUCUCAGAAAGUGUGCAGUCCCAGAAUGAUGCUUUAAGUAGCUCCGACAGUGAGGGCUCCUGCUCCAACCUGCAGACCGCCAUCCAUUCAGCCAGCCUCACCAGCCAGCGGUGGGCCAGUCCCCACCCAUCAGUCCAAACACAGUCCUGUGGGGUGGCAGUGGCAGUGGAGCGGUGGGUGGAGAGCACCACUAAGGAGCCCUCAGUCAGGCUGCAGGGAUCUGAAGGCAGACCACCUGCUCAGCUCCAUCAGCACGUAUCUGAGCCCGUACUCAGCACCACCAUGGAUACAGAAGAGACAGACAGCCCACUGUAUUCCUGCUCUUGUAAUAGUGAGGCUAUCCUGGCCUUGCAGUCAGAGGUGUCAAGACUGAAGAAGGACCUUGAGGAGGGCUUGGUCCAGCUGCCUCACCUAGCACAGAAGAUGGACUAUCUCACCUGCAAAUACAGACAGGAUCGUCAGGAACGCAAGUCUAAAACCCGACCUCGGACCCACCACAGGCCAGCCUGCAACAGUGUGUGGAAGCCAUCGAGUAGCAGACAAAAUGUGAGCAAUCUCAGCUCCAGUCAGGUGCGGCUAGAGGACUGGAUCUCUUCAGACAUGGACCCCAGCAAGAGCAAAGGUGACAGUGAUGACGUGGCUGGCUCUGAGAUUAUGUUGCAAUAUAAACCUCAUGGGCAGCUGCAGUCCAACAGAGGGUCAGAGGGAAAUGGCUCAGGGAAAAACUCUGGUCUGACCAGCUCCAUUUUAAAAGGGAGGAAUGAGGAGGCUUGUGACAGCCAUGCCAAGCAGAGAGUACAAACAGCCGUCAUGGAGCGUUUUUACUCCAAGGAGAGAUGGUCUCUUUUCUCCUCUCCACCUCCUCAGAAGCCCCUUCUCCAGGUCAGCUACGCGUCCUCCAGCAGCCUGCCUGCAAGCUAUAAAGUGAGGGAGCCAAUGCUGCAGUCCACGUCCCAUCACAGAAAGCGCUCCACCCAGUCAGACUCAGCACUCUUGCCCAGCAAUGUGUACUUCCAGCGGACACUGUCCCCAGUAUCAGUGCCCUCAAAAACUGGCAGCAGGACAGGCAGACGCAGAGGGAGCAAGGAGGAAGAAAUGAACAAGACCUUAGACCAGGCUAUUGAGGUGGCCCGCAGCAUGAAGAGGACCACAGACCGAAUGGCCAAGAGACUGUCAGCUGACCUGGCCAAGGCUCAACUGCACAGGAAAAUGCACAGCCUGCAGCCACUAGGGGGCAGGAAACACCAUGCAUUAUAACAGGCAGGGUACAGAUCAGUUUAUUGUAAUCAUCAAUCUGCCAGUGCCUAUGAUACCUGAUGUAAAAUGUCUUUGUUGCACGAUAAGAGUUAUUUAAGGACAUUUUUGUGUUAAGUUAUUGAUUUUGUACACGGUUGUAUAUUUAUAAUACGUAGAGAAGUCUGAAAUCACACUGUAAAAAUUACAUUUUGUAUAUUGUAAUCUUACCUGUGCUUUGUAA